AUGGUUAAGAUCUUUGUGGGUAAUCUCAAUCCGAGCUCCAAAUCUCAAGAUUUGAGGAAGCGUUUUGAGCUCUAUGGGAAGGUUACUGAAUGUGACAUCGUGAAUAAUUAUGCAUUUGUGCAUAUGGAGAGUCAAGCAGACGCCGAAGCGGCUAUUUCUAAGCUUCACAACUCCGAAUUCGAUGGCGCCAAAAUUAACGUCGAGUUAAGUCAUGGUAAGGGGACUGGCGGCGGUCCUAUGCGGCGUCGUUUCAAUACCCGUGGUCCUCGUCGCGAUUUUCGAGAUGAUCGUUUCAACGGGCCUCCCAGAGGUCCAUUCGGGCGCGAAAGCCCUCGCGGAGUGGGUGGCCCCAGUGGCUAUCCGCCAAUGCGCGAUAGUCGGUACGAUGGUCCGCCGGGGUGGGGAGGCGAUGGCUACGGCCCUUAUCCUCCACGGGGUCCCUCUAGGAGUUAUGAUAGCUAUAGCAGCGGUCCUCAGGGGCGUUAUACUGGUCGUGAUUACGAUAGAAACCUGCGUUCUGGCUCUAGAGAUGGUCCUUAUGGUAGCGGUUAUCAGGGUCCUGCCCCUGAGCCUGUCCCACCUCCUCGAGACCUUCCAAGAAAGCCAUCCCCGCCUCGUAGUCGUUUUGACAACUACGGAAGCAACUAUAGCGACUACGGUCGGUACCGUGAUCAUGGUCAACCGUCUGGCGGGCCUCCACCACCACCUGCUCCAAGGUCUGGUGAUUACUACGAUAACUACGGCAGUUACGGAGCUCCUUCGGGCUAUGACUAUCCUUCUCGCGAUUAUCACGAGAGCGAUCGUGGCGGGAACUACAGUUCGUCGUCAUACGACUAUGGAUACUAUGGAAGUCGCGGGAAUCGUUCACCACCACGGACUGGGCCGCACUGGAGCAGUGGCAACCAAAUGCAGUCCUGCACGCACUUGUAUAUGCUUCGUCGUUAA